AUGGAGGGAUCUUUGGAGUCUAUUGAGGGCGUUUGGAGGUCUUUGAAGAUUUUUUUACUUUCAUUGUCGGAAGAGUGUUCUAAAAUUGGAUCACUUUCGCUCUCAGAUGAGAGAGCUCUUUGGAUUUUGCAUGUUCCUGUGCAUCCUAUGUGUCGGCGGCCUAGUCGGGUAGUAUCUUGGCCUAAACCUUCAAAUGGUUUUGUUAAAUUGAAUGUUGAUGGUAGCUAUCAAGGGAAUCCUUGUAAUUGUGGUGGUGGAUGGAUAAUUCAGGAUAGUCGUGGUAUGUUUUUGGGGGCUUUUUCUGCUUAUUUUGGCCAUGGCACAAAUAAUGAGGCUGAGCUUAGGGCCCUCAAGGAGGGAGUGGCUUUGUGUAAAUCUCUUAGUUUUUACUCCUUAGAGAUUGAGUGUGAUUCUAAAUUAGUUGUGGAUUGGGUUGUUUCUGGUAAAUGCAAUGUUUAG